AUGUAUUUUACUGAUAAACGACAUGAGACAACCGGCAAGCCCAAAACACCCGCUUUCGAGAUCCAGGAUUGGCGAAUGCGUGAUCGUCUCAAGACGGUGUCCGCAGCCAUUGCAGUAUGUCUCAAUAUAGGGGUUGAGCCUCCUGAUCAGUUGCGAACCGUGCCUGGUGCAAAGCUUGAAGCUUGGCAAGAUCCAACUGUUCCCCCAACAAACAAGGCCCUGGAGAACAUUGGCAAAGCCCUCCAAACCCAGUAUGAGUCGAUCGCUUUCCGGACCCGGUACAAGCAAUACCUGGACCCUUCGAUUGAAGAGACGAAGAAGUUUUGUGUUUCUCUCCGGCGGAAUGCCAAGGACGAGCGGAUUCUAUUUCAUUACAAUGGACACGGAGUUCCCAAGCCGACGACUUCUGGUGAAAUCUGGGUUUUCAACAAAAAUUACACUCAGUACAUUCCUGUGUCACUGUACGAUCUCCAGCAAUGGCUACAGGCCCCCACGGUUUUCGUCUGGGAUUGUUCAGAGGCGGGCAACAUUCUGACCAACUACCACAAGUUCGUGGACAAACAUGAGGAGGAGGAGAAGGAGCUGAGGCAGAAGGAUCCAAAUUGCGAAAGGCAGAACUACAGGCCAUAUAUCCACCUAGCUGCCUGCGGCACAAAGGAAAAUCUCCCAACGAACCCCCAGCUACCGGCUGAUCUUUUCACCUGCUGUCUCACCACGCCAGUUGAGAUGGCUCUUUGGUUUUUUGUGUUGCAAAAUCCAUUAAAGACCAAUCUGACUCCAGAGCGAGCUCGCAAGUUAUCGGGCCGACUUCAAGAGCGUAGGACUCCGCUUGGGGAACUUCACUGGAUCUUCACAGCUAUCACUGAUACCAUUGCGUGGACGACCCUUCCUCUCGCGGCACUCUUCCGAGCGUUUCUCCUGGCGCAGCGCAUUAUGCCUGUGUAUGGCUGUCAUCCGCAGUCAUAUCCCGAACUGCCGGAUACCCGUCAACAUCCUCUCUGGGAUAGUUGGGAUCUCGCCGUUGACAUGGCUCUGGCCCAGCUCCCAAUGCUGGAGAGGAAGGAGCUCGACGGUACUCCCUACGAGUAUGUCAACUCGACUUUCUUCACGGAGCAGCUCACGGCUUUCGAGAUUUACCUCUGUCGAGGCGAUGCACAAUCCCAAAAGCCACCCGAACAACUCCCGGUGGUCCUACAGGUUUUACUAAGCCAGCAACACCGACUUAGAGCCUUGAUCCUACUUACUAGGUUUUUGGACCUUGGACCAUGGGCCGUUCAGCUUGCGCUCAGUAUCGGCAUCUUUCCUUAUGUCCUGAAACUGCUCCAGUCUGUCGCACAGGAUCUCAAACCGGUGCUCGUCUUCAUCUGGGCGCGCAUCCUAGCCGUUGACAUCUCAUGCCAGCAAGACUUGAUCAAAGAUAAUGGGUACAACUACUUUGCCGACAUUCUGAAGCCCCAAGAGACGAUUCUGGUCAACGGCACCAUUGUCCAGACGUCUCACAAGGCCAUGUGCGCCUUCAUCUUGGCUAUGCUUUGCAAGGGUUUCAAGCCGGGUCAGGUUGUGUGCAAUUCGACCGACAUCAUGAAAUACUGCUUGCACCAUGUCACUCAUUCCGAAGACCCGCUAUUGCGGCAGUGGUCGUGUCUCUGCAUUAGCCAGUUAUGGAGAGAUCUUCCAGAAGCCAAAUGGCGGGGAAUCCGUGAGAACGCUCACCUCAAGCUAGCAUUCUUAAUCAAGGACCCAUUCCCCGAGGUUCGCGCUGCCAUGGCCCAUGCCAUGACCACCUUCCUUGGCAUUCCCGACCUCACAGAUGAAGUCGCAAGGAUUGAGGAAGGCAUCGCUUGGACCAUGCUCGAACUGGCCACAGACGGCAGUCCGAUUGUCCGCAAGGAAUUGCUUGUUUUCUUCUCCAAGUUCGUGCUGCGGUACGAAAACAAGUUCUUGGUUGCUGCUUAUGAGCAACUGUUGGAGGAGAAGGAAUACAUGCUCCACCCACCAGCGGAGGACGGCUUGGAUCACAAGAUGGGCUUGCAUUACGCCAGAAAGGAAAAUCGGGAGGUGGAUGGCACCAUCAGACCCAUUGCUUUUGGUGUCGCUCACGACUCGAUUUUUGCAGCCUGCUGGAAGCACAUCGACAUCCUGAGUGUCGACCCGCACCCUGAAGUUCAAAGGGAUGCUACCAUUAUUCUGGACUACGUCCAUCAUGCCCUGCUACACUCCCCCGUGGGGCCGCAGGCGCAGAGUCUCAUGGAUGAAAUCCUCAGACGCGCUAGAAAAGUGUCGAGGGGUGAUAUGAGCCAGAGAAGCAGCGUGCUUGGCACACACACUGCUAUGGCGCAACCUAUGCCGUCCCCUGGGCUUCUCAAGAGAACGGCGAGCUAUCUGUUUGGGCCGUUACUCAAAGAGAACACGCCGGCGGGACUCACAAACCCUCCCCUAACUCCAGGACUGCCAAAGGCCACAAAUCCAGGACUGUCCAGAACCCUUUCUCAUAGAAGCCGCAAAGGACCUAGUCUCGAGAAUGCCCCGCCCGAGCAAAACGACCAGGCGACUUCGCCAGCCAAUUAUCAUAUUGCGAACGAACCGCUUUGCGCAGGGUAUCGGGAGCGCAGCUUGACUGAGGUGCCCAAGCUUCCCCUGGAGAGCACAUUCUUGGACUGGUCGACGGAAUAUUUCCGGGAACCGCAGAUGAAGCUCGCUGAAGCCGAGGAGCCCGGCAGUCACGAGUACAAUGAACGACUCUGGCGUCGAUCUCGCAAUGAGGCUGUUCUUAGAGAGACACAGCCCCAGAAAGCACAGGCGGGAACCCACAAGUGGAACAACCAGAUCGGUAUCAUCAACAAUGGUGCACAGCCGGCCAAGAUGUCGUUUCAUCAAUUCGAGGACCAUGUUGCCGUUGCAGAUGAUGGAAAUACGGUAACAGUCUGGGAUUGGAAGAAUGGCACCCGCAAGAGUCACUUCUCCAAUGGCAACCCUGAGGGGUCGAAGAUCUCGGACAUGAAGUUCAUCAAUGAAGAUGAUCAGGCUCUUCUCAUGAGUGGGUCUUCGGAUGGUGUCAUUCGCAUCUACCGGAACUACGACAGUGAUGAAGGUGUUGAGCUUGCCUCUUCAUGGCGUGCCUUGACGCACAUGGUGCCGUCCAAUGUCAACUCAGGCAUGGUCUUUGACUGGCAGCAGGUCAAUGGCCAGGUCCUCGUGGCAGGAGACGAGCGUGUUAUCCGGAUAUGGAACGCAGGCCACGAGAUGUGCUCGCAUGAGAUCCCAGCCCGUUCCGGAUCUUGUGUUACAUCUUUGACUUCUGAUCAGAUGACAGGCAACAUCUUCAUUGCUGGGUUUGGAGAUGGCGCUAUUCGUGUCUUUGACACGAGAAACAGACCGCAGGAGAGCAUGGUGCGCAAGUGGAAGGAUGACAGCAGGCAGUGGGUGCGAUCAGUGCAUAUGCAGCGUGGCGGACAGCGCGAGUUGCUGUCGGCGAGCAGGAAUGGCAAAGUCCGGUUAUGGGAUAUUCGCAUGGAGAAUCCUCUGAAGGUGUUCCAGGCUACGAAGGAUGUGCUCAGGACGGCAAGCACUCAUGAGCAUUUGCCUGUGUUUGCUGUUGGCACAUCCGCCCACUUGGUCAAGGUCUUCGACUUUGACGGCCACGAGCUGUCGCGUCUGGAACCAUCGACUAGCUUCACCGCCGGGCUCAAGUUAACACCCAUCGCGACAACCGCUUUCCACCCUCACCGCAUGAUACUUGGGUACGCCGCCCGCGGCGAUAACCACAUUCACAUAUCCGCCUGCGGCAACGAGGUCGCGGCGCCGUUUGUGGCAGCAUUUGCGGCCGAGGCUGCUGCUAAACGCCUUGCUACUAUUCAACAGGCUGUUUAA